AUGGAGUCAUCAGCAGAUAUGAGUGCACUGUUUAUAAGCACAAAUGUUUCUGGCAAGUUUAGUAUGGUGCCUAGUGUAGCCUUUCAGUUUCGACACUUCAAGGUUCAUGAUUUUGGGAUGAAACUGGUUUAUCCUGGUUACCUUGGUAUCUUGAAUUGUAAAUAUCGAGUGGGAUAUGCCGCAGCUCCGUUGGAGACAAAAAUUAAUGAAAGUGACGUAGAGGAAAUAGCAUCGAGACUUGGAAUUAGGGGAGAAUAUAAUAGUUCGGGAAUUGAGGACUUAGAAACUCCAGACCUAGACAGUUUUAAAGAUGAUGAAGAUCUUGAUAGUUACGUUGAUAAUGAGGUUGAAAAUUAUAUUGAUGUCGAUGAUUAA